AUGAAGAAUCAAAACAAUGAAGUACUAAAGAUUACUUUAGGAAAUAAAAUUUUGGUUCCUGAAUUCGAAAAGUUACAAAAAAUGGAGAAAUUACUUUCCAAAGUGGAAAACGAUAUUUCAAAAAGAAUUAAAGAUUUAGAUAGAUCUUCAAUAUUAGAUACAAUGAAGAAAACAUCUUAGCUUUAUUAGCUGAUUCUAGGAGAACUGCAUUUUUAGUUAGGAGAACUCAAAUUAGAUAAAUACACAUCUAUUAUUCAAAAAAUUUUUAGUGGAUAGAAUAUGCUAUUAGAAAUAAUAUUAAAAAUAAAGAUCAAUACAGAGUAAGGGAUUGAUUAACAGCUUACAGAUAGCAUGAAUUCAAUUUAAGCAAAAUCUAUAUAGAGAACGAGCUCCGCAGAAAGAGAUGCUAACUAGAGCGAUAGAUUAAUUACACCAAGAUUAAUUGGAUAAAAGAGCAGCAUGAUUAAAAAACAAACUGUUACAAUAAAUUAGUAAAAUGAUAAAAAAUUAAUUGAUAAAUCUACAGAUACAGAAUUAGAUAGAUAAGAUGCAAAGAGAUUGAGCUAAAUUAACUUCAAAUAAAUGGAAUUAAACUCAAUUGCUUAGGAGCUAAAUGAAGCUAGUGAUGAUGUUUCUGAGUUUUUAAAAAAUAGAAAGAACAUAAAUAUAGACGCAUCUAAUGCUGAAAAAUAACUCAAAUAAGUUUUGAAAGACCUUGCUGUUAAAAAAAAAAGAGCUGAAUAGAUUGAACAAGAAGGUUAUGCCCUAUUAAGUAAAGAAGAGAAUUUAAAAUAGGGCUAUUAAAUAAUGGAAAAUGAGCUUGUUAGUGGGCUUAAAGAUGUAGCUUUAAAAGCAAAAUAAGCAUAGGAAUUUUAGUUAAAACAAAACUUUAGGCUUGCAAGAGAAAAUAUUGAAGGCAUUGAUCAAUCAGUUUAGACUGAAAAAGAUCUUCUCAAGGAGAGGUAUGAUAAGUUAUUAUUAGAAAGUAAGGCAAAAGAUAAGAAAUUAGCUGAUGCUGAGAAAAAGAUUAAAGAAUAGAAGAAAGAUUUCGAAUUAUAAGAGUAAAAAUCAUAAAAAUUAUAAUAGAAAGUAGACGAAUAUUAGUUCUAAGAAAAGAAAAGAGAAGAUGAGUAGAGAAAAGUAAAAAAAGAAAAAGAUCUCAUCAUUAUUAGUCAGUAAGAAAAAGAAAGGUUAAAGAGAUAUAUAGAGGAGAAUAUUAAACUUAAAAUCAAAAUGAAAGAUUUGUUGGAUAACAUUAAAUAGUUUUAAGAUGAGACUAAAUCUAACUUUGAUAGAUUUAGAAGGUACGUUAUGACUACAAAUUUAAACGACGAACAAAAAAAAGCCAUCAUUUAAAGGGCUGAAGAAUUAUUUAAAUUUGAUUUAAAUAAGAGAUUAAAUAUUAAGGAAUUAGAGGUCUUAUGCAGAUUUGAAUCUGAUAUGAUCAAAGAUUCUCUUAUUAAAGAGCUCUGCGGAUUCGACGCGACUAAUCUGGUUAAAAAGAUAAAAUAAGAAUAAAAAAUGAAAGAUCAAGAAAGGUUAAACAACCCUAACUAUGAUUAAGAUUUUGAUCCUGAACUUUUGGAAGAAGGUUAAAAGAUAGUAAUAAAAAAAACUAAAAAGAAAAUACAAAGAAUGAAUUCUCGAGGUGAAUGGGUUGAAGAAGAGAUUGAAAUUGAGGAAGAAGUUGUCAUAGAUAAAAAUGGUAAUGAAGUAAGAAAAAGAGAAAAGCCUUAGGCAGGUAUUUACACAGAUCCAUCUAUGAUUGAAUUCAUCAACAAGCAUGGUGGUUUAGCUAUUGGUGGAAGCAAAUUUGUUCUUCCAUAAAAACCUUCUAAACCAGUUUCAAUAGAUGGAUCUCAAAUAAAGGAAGGAGAAUGGUUUACUGAUAAAAAAGGAAAUAAAGUUAAGAUGGUAAAAAAUCAGAAUGGAGAAGAAGAAUACGAAAUUGAAGAAAAAUAUUUUGAUGAAAAUGGAGUAGAAAGAACAAGAAUUAAAAAAAUGAAAGUCAAAUAGGACGCAAAUGGAGAAGAAUACACAGAAGAAGUUUAUGUUGAUCCAACUACUGGAUAAAAAAUGCAUGUAAUAAAGAAAGUAAUCAAAGAUAAAGAUGGAAAUGAUAUCAUUGAAGAAAUUACCACAGAUGAAAAUGGAAACAAAGUUGUUAAAAGAACCAAAGUUAAAAAGGACAAGGAUGGAAAUGAUGUUAUUGAAGAAGAAAUUAUUGAUUAAUACGGAAAUAAAUAAAUUGUUAAAACCAAAAGGAUUAAAGAUGCUAAUGGAAAUGAUGUGAUUGUAAAAGAAAUUGUUAAUGCUGACGGCACUAAAGUUAUUGUUACUGAAAAAAUUGAUAAAAAUGGCUAAAGAAUUAUCAUUGAGGAAAAAAUUGAUAAAAAUGGUAAAAAAACAAAGAUUGAGAAAAAAAUUGUUAUUGGGGCUGAUGGAAAACCUGUUAUUGAGGAAACAAUCACUGAUGAAAAAGGAAAUAAAAUUGUUAAAAAAACAAACCUACUUGUAGAUGAAAAUGGAAAUUCUUAUACUCAAGAAGUAACUGUUGAUGCUUAAGGAAACAAAGUUAUAAAAAACAUUAGGCAAAAGGUAGAUUAGGAUGGUAAUAAAUACACAGAAGAAGAGAUUAUAAAUCAAGAUGGAACAAAGACUAUUGUGAAAAAGAAAGUUGAUUAGAAUGGAAAUUAAAUAAUUGAAGAAGAAAGCAUUGGAGCUGAUGGAAGUAAAAAAAGAGUUAUAAAAAAAGUAGAUUAGUUUGGAAACUAAAUAAUCGAAGAAGAAAUUAUUAAUGCUGACGGUACAAAAAGAAUAAUUAAAAAGAAAAUUGAUAAAAAUGGAAACUAAAUAGAAGAAGAAGAAAUAAUUGAUUAAUUUGGCAAUAAAAUUAUUGUUAAGAAAAUUUAAAAUAAAGAUGGUACAGUUACAGAAGAAAGAAUAAAUUUGACAACAGGAGAGAAGAUUAUUACAAAGAAAAAAAUAGACGAGUCUGGGCGAGAGAUUAUAGAAGAAACUAUUAUAGAUGCUAAUGGUAAAAGUACCACUAAAAAGAAAAUCGUUACAAAAGACAUGUUAGGCAACACUUUUGUUGAGGAAACAUAUGUAGAUCCUAAUACUGGAGAAACGAUAACUGUUAAAAAGAAAAUAUUCAAAUCAAAAGAUGGAAAAGAAAUUGUUGAGGAACAAAUAAUUGAUUCGAAAGGAAAUGUUAAAAAUAUUAAAAAAAAAGUAUUUAGAGACAGCCAAGGCAGAGAAAUAAUAGAAGAAGAAAUUAUCGGAGCAGAUGGAAAGAAAUAUACAGUGAAAAAAGUUGUCUAUCAAGAUUCUGAAGGCAAUAGAAUUGAAGAAGAAGAAAUAAUUGAUUCACAAGGAAAUAAAGUUAUAAUAAAAAAAAAAAUAGGAGCUGAUGGCAAAUAAAUUAUAGAAGAAACUAAAAUUUCAAAAGAUGGAAAGAAAACAGUUACUCACCAAAUCAUCAAUAAAGAUGGAACUAUUGAAGAAACUGUUAUUGAUUCAAAUGGUAAAGUAACAAAAAGAAAAUUAAAACUUGGAACACUAGAAAAGGAAGUUCAGGUUGAUAUUUUAGGUUCAUUUAACAGCUAGUCUGGAACUAAUUAACUUAAAAGUAUUUUAUUAUAAAUUGGUUGCCCUGCAGAUAAAGUUGAUGAAUUAGUUGAUGCAAUUAUGAAAUUUAUUACUAAAGGGGAAGCGAUUGUAGUAGGCGAUACUUAAAAAAUAGCUCACAAAAUAAACGAAAAAGGUUUAAGUCUUCCAGGUUACUCCAAACUACCUGAAAGAAAGACUGCAAAAAAAGGAAGAAAAUCAGAUGAUGAAGAAGAAGAUAAAUUGGAAUAAUUAGAUGGAUUAAACGAAGACUAAUUAGUUGAAGCUCUCUUUAAAAAGAUGAAUUAAAAAAAAGGAGAAUUUGGAGAUCUUUUGAAAACAAUAAGAGGACAUUUUGGUAAAUAGAAUGAUGAAGAUAUUGGAAUAGAAGACUUUAAAAAAUACUUUAAAAAGUUUGCAGAAGUUCAUUUAAAAUGUGGAGAAAACUGUCCUCAUUUAAGAAGAUUUUACGAGAGACUUGGAUUUACAUGGGCUAAAUAUAGAAGACGUUACUUAAAACUAAAGGACACAAGAAUUCAAGCAUUUAACAAAAUAAAAGACCAAGAACCUCCUGAGCAAUAGUACCCCAUAAAGAAUGCUAUUCGUACUUCGUCUCCAGAAAAAUCUAUAAAUCAAACAAUCUUAUAAUCAGCUUAAAAAUCUCACACUUAAAUAGCAAGUUAAAGGAGAGUUACUAACGAUGAAGAAAUAGACAAGCAAUCAUGGAACAAUUAUGAUAGCAUUUUAUCAAAAGAAUAGCUAAAUUCAAGUUUGGAAUAGUAGCAACGUUAAGAGUCAAACAAAAAAAUAUAAUUCAAAGACUAAUGA